AUGCUUCAAGAGACGUUUGGCAUUUGCUACAUCGAUGUCGCCUCGACUCUGCUCACGACCCUCUCGGCCAGGUCGCGCAACGAGACGCUCGUUGUCUAUACAGCAAGACGUGGCGCACGCCCGGUCAUUCAAGGUCGCAAUCGGUUCAAGUCGGCGCUGCCCGUCACCGAGCAGCAGUGA